AUGGAAAAUCCAAGAGACGGCCGACCAAGCACAAUUAUCGAAAUCGCUCCUGAUGGCGACCUCCUUCUGUUAGUUGGGCCAGAUGAGACAAGAAUGCGCGUUCAUUCUAUGUCAUUGAUGGCAGCAUCGAAACCAUUCUCCGUUAUGCUCGGGCCAGACUGGAAGGAAGGCCGUGAGAUGCACAAUCAGGGUAAACCUUCCGAACUAUUGCUGCCUGAAGACAAUGUUGCUGCAUUGAGAAUCAUCUGUUCCGUCAUUCAUCAUAAGAAUAGUGAGGUGCCUCGAACUCUUGCUGUUGGCGAUGUCCUCGCAGUCGCUGUGGCCGCGGACAAGUAUGAUUGUGGCAAUGCUCUCAAAUUUGCCGCCGAAAGCUGGCUUCGACCUUCUGGAGAAUCAGCUGGCAAUCUUAUGCUUCUCACUGCCGCAGCAUAUCUCUUGCAGAGUGCUCAAGCUUUCAAGGAGAUCACGAGAGCAUUGAUACUUGACCAUGAUGGUCCUUAUCUUGAUCUCUGUUGGAAAGAUGCCGAGUCUCUCAUGACAUGGAGGGUCUUCUGUCUGCUGGAAGAGCAGAGAGGGCUCGCAAGGCUGAGGCUGGCAGAAAUACUUACUGCCGGGGUGAACGAUGUGGAUGGGCUGUGCGUUCACAAGUGCGGAUGGACGAGCAAAUAUGCAUAUGCAUACAUGAAGCUGUUGCAAGAGGAAGACCUUUGGCCAGCACGUCUAUUUCAUACUUCUAUCACUAAGGCACUGGAGUUAGCAGAAAGGAUGCCUGACCCGAUCCCUGAGUAA